GAGUGUGCGCGAGAAUCACAAGCAGCAUCUGCGGAAGUGACGAGCAGCAGCCCGUUGCGGAGUGACAAUCAAAAUCUCAUCAACAUAAAAGGAGCAAGGUGCCUCUCCACUGCCUGUGCUAAAAUGAAACUGAUAUGCAACUGUUGAUAGCACUUCUUAUAACAGCUCAAAUUGCACAGGGAUGGAAGAGCCAGUUCGCGCGUGUCAACAAGACCAAAAGGCUGGCGGUCAAGGUGAAAAACAAGACGUUGGAUCUGUACAGUAAAGAGGAGUGGACUGCCAUGCUCAAGUCCCUGCAGCCAAAACUUGACGGGCCUGUUGUCAAAAUAAUUAAUGACUCAAUGUCGACAAAAUCCGACGAUAUAGAGCUGGGCAUGCGGAUAAUCAAAGGGCGCAGCAGCUCCCGUGGACAAAAUCCUUACCAAGUGGGAAUUCUGAUCGGCGAAGACAGUUUUUGUGGCGGCGCUUUAAUCUCUGGCAAUUUUGUCAUCACCGCCGCUCACUGUUUAGAGGGAAACUCGUUUACAGUAAUACUAGGAGCACAAAAUCGGAGUGGCUUUGAGACGGGCAGAAUGACUAUUGAAACGAGCAGGAUUAUUAUGCACCCCAAGUGGAACAGCGAUCUGGUCGUCAACGACCUCGCCCUGCUGCCAUUGCCUUAUCCCAUACCGGAAUCUAAUUUCAUUAAAAGUAUAAGACUUCCAAAGCGGUCUUCUGCAACAGCAAGUUUAGACAACAAUAACGUCACUGUCUGCGGAUGGGGCAAAACCUCUGACGAGGAUGCAGCUCCAGCAUCUAAUUUAGCUUGCGCAAGAACCAGACUCAUCAGUAACGCAGAGUGCACUAAAUUGUACGGGUCAGCGAGUUUCAAAUCAACCAAUUUGUGCGGCAGAGGCUUAAAUCAGCAGUCAACAUGCAGCGGUGACAGUGGCGGGCCUGUAGUCUUGACAGAACGGGACAAACUGCCCACGCUGAUCGGAAUUGUGUCUUACGGCGCUGCUGCGAGUUGCGAGGACGGCUACCCUGAUGUCUUCACCAGAGUUUCGAGCUAUUUGAGCUGGAUCACAAAUGUAACCGGAAUAGCAGUUAGGCGUUAAAUCGUGCACUACUACGGUUCCUCGGUGAUAAAUGUUUGAUUGUCCGCGUAAAAAUUCAAUAAAAAAAAACA